GCCGCUGCUGCUGCGCCGACAGAACGCACGGCGCUGCAACCAGCGCUGCCACUUGGUUGAAUGCAAUCACGUGAGCAUGGCUCACGGCGGUUACUUCUUCGUCUUCAAGCACCCUGGUCCCUUUCCGUGGAAUGGAUUAGUCUUGCCCGUCCUGUCCUCCCGGGGUGUUGGGCGGAGGAGAGUGAAUUCAAUCGAGAGUCACCUCGAAUGCGCACAUAGCGCUGCUUGUUUGGGAGGCGCAUAUUUCGCGAGUUGGCGCAUCGCGGCAGGACGGAUGAACUUCUCCAAUCGUACAGGGCGUUGCAACUGCCGUGCGGAGCCCGACGAGCACUCCCCAUUAGUAAUAGCCCGUCCGACCCACGUUGUGAGAGCGCUCCGACGAGAAUAAGCCGUUCUGUGGGCCAGUGCCACUCCGCGAGGGAGAUGACGGAUCGUCCAGACGCUCGGAGGGGGUUGGGGAGUCACAAUCCAAUCGGUUGCGAAACAGACGCCGCAUACUCCGGCGUGCAGCAGCGCCGAGAUGACCCCGACGGUGGCUGGCGGGACUCGUCCGCAGGCGGCGGGAGUGGAUGGCCUGUCGCACUCACCAGCUGUCGCACGUGCUGCUGCGAAUCGCCGUGCUGUCGCAGCGUUGAGGAGUGCUGUCGUUUCCCGCCGCCUUUCUUCUGCUUCAUGUUUCCGCAUCUCUCGCGGACCUUCCCUGUCGCCGAUGCCCCCUGCGACUGCGCUAGCGACAGGGAACUCCCUGCGUGCGACUGGGAGAGCGAAAGCACCUGGAAGGGUUGCGACGUCGACAGCGCGGACCUUGGCGCGCGGGGGAACGGUCGCAGGAGCGGGGGAAAGGGCACUGAUGGCGCAAUUGGCACCGCAGGAUUCCGGAAACUCGCGCCGAUAUUGGAGCACCGUGCGCGGCUGCGGCGCAGCAAUCGCGGAUAUCACGAAACGCCUCAUUUUCCUCCGUCGUGGAAUUCCGCCUCGACGCCAGCGGACCUGGAAGUGCAACGACGCGUCAGUGCAAGCGGCGGGGCGCGCGAGGCGCAGUUCCUCUUCGCGCUGGAGCUGUUCCAGAGCGACUCGCGCGAACGAAUAAACAAUCCGAUGGUGGGCCUGAUAAGCCGCGAUGCCAUGGAGCAUGAUGCCACUUUCGCCACCGCCGGCGACGCUGCGUUUGAGCGAGGCUGGAGUGAGGAGGUGUGGCGACACGACCCGAUCUUAUCCUGCUGUGUUUCCGCCGUCCACUGCCUCACGAGACUCCUCCACGCGACCCUGGUUUCAAGCAAUGUGCUACUAUCGAAAUCGCUGACGCCAGCCUGGUCGUCACGCAAGAGAAGCAAGGAGCAGGCGGAGCGAUCGGGCGGAUGGCGCUGGCGGAAGGCUGCGCGGCAGGCGGGGGAGGGGAAAUACUGUUGCGCAGGGAGGCAAGGAUGACUGAAGGCGGAAUGAGGCGACAGCAUAAUGAUCGACCGUUACAGGAUAGGUUGUUCCAGGAUACUAGGGGUUUUCAAGGAAGGGUGUUUGAAGUUCAGGAGGCCAGGGGUUGAUGUGAGCUGAGGUAGACGGGGGGAGAACCCUAGCAUAACCAGCUUCCGCGAUACUGAGAACUCUAGUCAUGCAGCUGUUUUGCUGUGCUGUUACACUCCCAAUC